AUGACCCCUUUCCAGGCCCCGCCCCCCCCCUCUCCCUCCCAAUACCUGCUGGUGCUGCGCGCAGCACCGGGAGUGCGCACUCGCUGCGCCAUGGCCACAGGAGCGUCCGCCAGCGCGUCCCCGCGGCUCCUGAUGGACUAUGAGACCAAGAUUUGGCCGCUGGCCGGCGGGUACGGCCGCUACAACCGCGUCGUGGUGUUGUUCAGCUGGUUCCCCACCUUCGCCGUCACGCUGAACCUCUGCAGCGACGCGUUCUUCACCCUCAUCCCGGAGACCUACCACUGCAAGCCGGACCCGAGCCUGCUGCCCUCCGCCUUCCUCCUCAGCAACUUCUCCAAGCAGGGCUACCUCAACCUGACCAUCCCCUGGGUCAACGGCAGCGGCCUCAGCCACUGCAAGCUGUUCAAGUACCCCCCCAACUCCUCCGACGUGCCGGGGAGGGGCCCGCGGGACACGGUGCCCUGCACCCGGGGGUGGGAGUACUCCGGCGUGGCGGGGCUCCACAGCAACUUCGUCACUGAGUGGAACCUGGUUUGCAGCGAUUACUGGAAGAUCCCCGUGCAGCAUAUCUGCUUCAUGAUGGGAUGGAUUGUGGGAUAUGUCUUUCUUGGUACAUUGUGUGACUGGCUGGGUCGUCGGCGAGGCUUCCUCCUGUCCGUCAGCUUGUCCAGCCUCUUCGGGGUGGCCGUCUGUCUGUCCAGCAGCGCGGUGGGGUUCCUGCUGCUCCGUCUCUGUCAGGGCGGCACGCUGGCCGGCGUGUUUGUGUCCUCAUAUGUUGCCAGGCUGGAGGCGUGUGACCCCCCCCACCGCCUCAUGGCCGCCAUGGUCGGCGGCUUCUUCGCCGUGUCGGCCGAGCUCCUGCUGCCGGGCGUGGCCGUGCUGAGCCGCUAUUGGCCCGUUCUCCAGGCCGUGGCCACGCUGCCCCUGCUGCUGCUGCUUUCCUACUGGUGCUGUGCGUCAGUGUUUCCCGAGUCUCCUCGCUGGCUGCUCGCCACAGAUCAGAUUCCGCAGGCCAAGCGGAGCCUCCUGGAAUUCGCCACCAGGAACGGCGUUUGCAUGCAAGAUGAGAUUUACCCCGGGGAAACUCUGCUCUCAGAGAUAGAUUCGGCACACGGGGACGACUGUCAGCCCAGGUACCAUUCAGUUCUGGAGCUGCGCCGGACCCGGGUCAUCUGGAAGAACUGUCUCAUCCUCAGCUUCACUCUGUUUAUUGGAACAGGCAUCCAGUACUGCUUCACCAGAAACCUGCACAUUUACUCCACUAACUUCUACUUCAGCUACUUCCUGCGCGUGAUCACCGGGGCACUGGCCUGCGUCUUCAUCUGCCUGUCGGUCAACCACUUUGGUCGGCGCGGAAUGCUGCUGCUGUCCGCCAUCAUCACGGGGCUGUCCUCGCUGCUGCUGCUGGCCCUCACACAGUACCUCCAGGGUGGCCUGGUGCUGGUGCUGUCCGUCGUGGGUCUGCUGUUCUCCCAGGCUCUGGCCAUGCUCAGCGCCUUCUUUGCCUGUGAGGUGAUGCCCACUGUGGUCCGAGGUGGCUGCUUCGGCCUGGUGAUGGCGGCGGGGUGCGUGGGCAUGGCCGCCUCCUCCCUCAUGGAGCUCCAGAACAACGGCGGCUACUUCCUGCACCACGUCAUCUUCGCCUCCUUCGCCGUCCUCUCCGUCCUGUGCAUCAUGCUGCUGCCCGAGAGCAAGCGCAAGUCGCUGCCGGACUCCAUGAAGGAGGGCGAGAGCCAGCGCCGGCCGCCGCUCUUCCUGUCGCGGCCCGACCGGGACAACCUGCCGCUGCUGUGCACGCGGGCCCCUCUGUCCGAGUACAACCCGGAUAACUACUCCCGCCUGGUGUCCGCCACCAGGAAGAUGUUGGCCAAAGACAGCCUGCCGUACAGGAUCGCCGCGCCGGGUCAUCCCCCGCUGCUGUCGGACAGCGACACGCAGGAGCGGGAGGCCGAGACACAAAGGGAGGUCUUAAUGUAGCCGUCGCACCACUCGCCUCCACCGGUCAAACUUGAACUCCUUCUAAAAAAAAUACCUCAGUCCUGCUCUCAGUCUUUAUUAGAAUAAAAUAAAAAAGUCACAAGCUGGGAGUUAUUCAGCUGAAGAACUGACCUCAGCUCGGGACACAGUGCACUUUAGAGCACCGGCUCCACUUUUCUGCAGCACUCCUGUCUCCCUGUUGUAUCUAUUUUCCCCCCCCACACACACACACUCACAUUCAUGUAUUGUGCAACAAGCCCUAAGUAUCAUCCAGAUCUGAGUACAUGCAAAACGUCUCUGUAAAAACGCUCGUGCGGGCGGUUUUAAGCUGAUAAAGAAACCCAAAAAGAAUUUCACUGACUAUUUGUCGAGAAACAUUUGAGCUCAAUUGGCUCAUCUUUUGGGAGGUAUUCAGACCCACGUGACGGACAAAGGGUUUUGUUGAAUCAAAUCUGAGGCGUGCGGAUGCUGCUGGUUGUGCGAGAAGCAGCCCUUUGUCCGGUAAUGGGUGACGUGUAGUUUGACAGAGUCUGGCCAAAUACCUCACCGGUAGGGCCUUAGUGCUGAGAGGAGCCUGAGUGUCACCAGGAAUCACAAGACUGAGGGCUCUGCAGGAAGCACGGGUCUCUGGACAUCACGAUUCUCCGGGCAUGGCUUCCUUAACAAGCCCUGCUAAUUCAUAUAUUUAAUAACAUGCAGAGAAGUCUCUGAGGCACAAGAGUUAAGAGCUGUUCUAACCACCGUGGGGCUGACGGAGAGAGGAGCGAGGCAUACCACGGACAAACGACAGCACCGAUGCUGGGAUGUUUCAGAAGACCAUCUCACUGAAGGGAGUUUUAUCCUUAUGGAUUUAGGAAUAUAUAAUGUUUAAUGCUGAGAAGUUGUGAUGUUUAAGCUCCUACAGCUUCCAACAGCAUCACCGGAACUGUAUUUUCCUUAAAAGAUUGACUUUUGCUUUUUUUUGAGCUAUGAGAAAAUGUUUGUCAAUGCAAAAAGGUCCUACCGAUGCUAAGUUAAGCUUAGCACAGUUUUGCUGCGUCUGUCUGUUUUUAUCCAAUGAAAAACAUUUCAAACAAAUGGGGCCUUUUCUAUGACUUGGACAUUACACUUCACACCUCACAGAAUGAAAUCAAGACUUGUUUCCCUUAUCAAUCCAA